AUGGAUUUCAUCGUCGGCACAUUCUACACGCCUAGAUUAUUCACGCUGCGCUUCACACCUGAUAAAGACAUUCGAAAAUGUAAACUGGAAAUCAAGCAUACUUCCGAUGCUAUAGGCGGACACUCUUGGCUCUCUCUAUCUUCGGACAAGAAGACCCUCUACACCACCGUGUGGGCAUCUCCUCCUGCCGUUGCCUCCUACAAAGUAAACACCGACCACACCCUCACACCUUUGAACUCAAAACCCGUUCGCGCAAUGAGUGGCUACGUCUGCAACUCAUCCACAACAAUCUACUCAGCCGGCGGUCCUACAGGAGAAAUCUACGCCAUUGACCAAAGCGAUGGCAGUAUCGGCCCCCUCCUUCAGCAACUAGAAUUCCGGGAUCAAGGCGCUGAAAACGACGGGCAGAGAUCUGGAGUCGCGCAUGGAGAUUUCGGCGGUCUGAGACAUGGUUCCCACUCUAUCGAUAUAUCCCCCAAUGGCAAAAAUAUCUACAUUGCCGAUAUCGGAAAAAACUGCAUUUGGAGCUAUACCAUCUCUUCUGAUCAAGGAAAACUGGAAAAUCAACAGCAAUGGCUAGCAAGUCGGAAAAACGACGGACCUAGACAUUGCUGGCCACACCCCGACGGAAAAAUCCUGUAUUCAGUACAAGAACACAGUUGCUACGUCGACAUCCUCUCGAUCUCCGACUCUGGCACUCUGGACCUUAUCUCCGGCGUCAGGAUUAUUCCAGAAGAUACAGAUGAGAAGAACUACUGGGCUGAUGAAGUAAGACUUAGUCGUCCUGUUUCUGGGGCUCCUAGAUUUCUUUACGCUUCUACUCGAGGAUUGGAAAAGGAGACGAAAGGCUAUGUGGCUGUCUUUGCACUUGACGAGGAGGGCUUGGUUAAGGGUGAGGCGAUUGAGAUUUAUGGGACGGCGACGAGUGGGGGUAUUGCUAAUGCUGUUGAACCUGCACCGAUUGUGGAAGGGCAGGAGGAUGUCGAGUAUCUCGCUUUGACGGACAGCGAGGAGGGAUACGUGUUUGUGUUGUCGUUCGAUGGAAGCAAGAUUACAGAGGUCGCAAGGACGCAGUUGGUGGAUGAGGAUGACAAGACUUUGGCUGCUGCUACAGCAGUAUGGCUGUGA